AUGGACGUCGCCGAUGCUGCCGCCUACCGCGCCCUCCACGCCUCCACCCUCCUUCUCGCGCGAGCCGAUAAUUCCACCUCCAACUCCACCACCUCCUCCUCUUCCACCACCACCAGCGACAGACCACCCAUCUACAAAACCAUUGGCAUCUGCCUAGCCGUCGCUUCCGGCCUCUUCAUCGGUGUCUCUUUCGUGAUUAAGAAGAAGGGCCUCUUGAAAGCAAAUGUCAAAUACAACGAGGAAGCCGGCGAGGGCUAUGGCUACCUCAAGAACGGCUGGUGGUGGACUGGUAUGUCCCUCAUGAUUGUCGGCGAGAUCUGCAACUUUGUCGCAUACGCCUUCACCGACGCCAUCCUCGUCACUCCAUUGGGCGCAUUAUCCGUCGUGGUCACAACCAUCGGGAGCUCCAUCUUCCUGAAAGAGCGUCUGUCUUUUGUGGGAUGGGUCUCGUGCGCCAUCUGCAUCCUCGGCUCCGUCGUCAUUGUCGUCAACGCUCCGCAACAAUCCUCUGUUAAGGACAUUCAGCAGAUGCAGAGCUAUGUCAUCGCCCCGGGCUUCUUGUCCUACGCGGGUGUCAUCAUCGUGGGCUGCGUGUGCGUCGUCUUCUUUGUUGCGCCAAAAUACGGCAAGAAGAGCAUGCUCGUCUACCUCACCAUCUGCAGCUUGAUUGGAGGCUUGAGCGUUGUUGCUACCCAAGGCCUCGGAUCGGCAAUCCUGGCGCAGAUCAACGGCCAGAGCCAAUUCACGCACUGGUUCAUCUACGUCCUGCUUGCCUUUGUCAUUUGCACGCUAUUGACCGAGAUCAUCUACCUGAACAAAGCCCUAAACAUCUUCAACGCCGCCCUGGUCACGCCCACCUACUAUGUCUACUUCACCAGCAGCACCAUCGUGGCCUCUGCCGUCCUUUUUCAGGGCUUCCACGGCACAGCCGUCCAGAUCAUCGACGUCGUCCUCGGCUUCUUGGUCAUUUGCUCGGGUGUCAUCCUACUCCAACUCGCAAAGUCUUCCAAAGACGUCCCCGACACGGCAGUCUUCAGCGGCGACCUCGACCAAAUCCGCACCGUAGCCGAGCAAGCAGAACCCGAAUACGAGCCUCGGGCGGAUACCCUCCGCAGCGGGGCGAGUAUCGUGCGUGCUAUGAGCAAGGUGCGGACGAAGCGACAGGCCGCUGAAGCGAAGCGAAUUUACGAAGAGAGGAUGCAACCGGUUGGCGAGAACGAAGAGUUCGAAUGGGAUGGAUUGCGGAGGCGGAGGACGAUGAGCACACCGCACGGCAGCGUGUCGAUCAAACGAUCAAAGACCGUGCACCCACCACUCGGUAUGGCGCAAUUCCCGUCUGCAGAAGACGAAGAAGAAACCCCAUCCCAUCCUGGCUUCUUCGAACGAAUUGGCCGCAUGAGCCAUAUCGGCUCCCAACAGCGCAAACGAGAGGGCCACAGCCCCGUCCCCCUCGAAACGGUGCAAGGCGUGCCCAAGUCUGGCUCUGAGCGGGCCCCAGUUGACGGAGCCCAAGACACCGCCUACCGCGGCCCUCACAUCAAAUUCGUCAACGACCUCCCCGACAGCAACAGCAGACGCGACCUCUCCUCCAAAGGCAGUAGUCUCGCGCCCCCCGAACCCCCACCAAAGUCCCCCGCCAUGACUCCCUUGAGCCCCAACACGCGGCGCCAGUUCAGCUUCCAGAACGUCUUCCACCGCAAAGGCUCCAACGCCGCCGAAGACCCGCGGCCGGGCAGCAGAGGCGCGCUGAGUUUCAUGAGCGGGAACAGCGGCGGACGCGAUCACAGCUACCCCGGCACCGCGGGCAACGGCGCCACGGAAGAAGAGCGCGCCGGUCUCGUGCAUGGUGAUAGUGCGCGGAUGCUGACCACGCUGCCGACGUACAGCGAGAUGGAGAUGGUGGAGGAGCCGGAGGAGGAGGGUCCCGCCGGCGCCGCGCCCGCGUUGGACGUCGCGGCGAGCACCGGUGAUCUGGCUCGCCAGCGGCGCCGGGGACAACCGGAUGCCUCGUACGCGAAUUACGACGACGAUGAUGUUUACGACGACGACGAAUUGUAUGAUGAGCCUUUGUCUACGCCGAAGGAGUACUAUCGGCCGGGCGGGAGGUGGAUAUAG